AUGCCCAUUGUCGCUGAAGAUUUCCCCGAGUCCAUCACGAUACCUUCUGCUACUCUGCGGAAGUUCACGGGCGCACGAGUAGAUCCCUACACCCGCUACGUGGCUUAUGUUCUGUUUCGCGACCUCAACAUUUCAGUCCAUGGCCAAAGAAACAUCAACAAUGCCCUGAGCAACCUACCGGUCUAUCAGUCGACCGCACCGGACAACAGAUUAUCGUUUGGGUGGGGGUUGACGAGUGUCAUCCGAGACAAGGCUGUCCACGAAGGGUCGUACGAGCAUCUCGCCAUGAUGAUCGCGCUUGGGGAGAGUUUUCGCGAGAGCUAUGGAGCAAAGGUUCUGACCGAAUUGGCUUCUGCUGCCGCAAGUCCGGAGGAUGUCACUCCUCACUUCUCGCAAUGGAAGGCCGCGAUUCACGCGUGCAAUGGAGGGUUUGCUACGACAGACUUUGGGCUGCUAGUAGAAGAGUACCUCCGAAUUGAUCCCUACCCUAUUCGCAACGUGCAGAGCGUGGAGUCCCUGCUGCCGCCAAAACUGGUUGCCGACGCACUCCAGGCUUUGAUGCGUGUCACAGCAGGGCACGAAAGGGCCGUCACCUUGACCGGAAGCGCCGUCAUCUCCUGGUUUGGGGCAGUGGCAGAAUGGCUGUGCGGGCUUCGCAUCGCCGUCUACCAAGCUAACGGAGUACAGCUUCACAUCACUCACCCUGAACAGGACGCUCAACUGACACUUGUGUACGUCCAAGAGCCAGGAAUACAAUUUUCCUUUAAGCCCUUUGCGCCGCAUGAAGUGACCGUGGCCAAGUUGACCCUGGUUGAUCAAACAUACUCUUCUGCUGUUCACGCAACACCGUUUGGAGGCCGUGUCGCAUGGCAAUCGCUCUUACCCCGAGUUUUCGGUAAAAGCUUCCAUUACCUAGAUCACGAGGAAUCCAAGGCCUUCGGGCUCAUGAUCGGAAGUGCGGCGAGAAUGUUUGAGGGCUUGGCUCUUGGUAAGGGCGACGAAGAGCACAACGCCUUGGUUUCCACCCAAAAUCGAAGCAAUACGGCAUCAUAUGGCGCUGGACUGGUCGAAACAAUCACUAACUGGUUGCCAGAGCUGAGGCGCUUCCAAGGGCGAAUGGAAAGACCAUUGAAGAUGUCCUACCAAGAUGCUGCAGCCUCGUACGUGGAGCAUCUGGGUCAGAUCAGAAAGGCAUGCCACUGUGGUAUCUGUACGUCGCGGGAGGAGCUCGAGAAAGACCAAGAGGGCAUCCCGCCGCCUCACGGCUACUGUCUUGCCGUUCUGGUGGAAACCAUCAUCUCACUGGGGUUGUGCCUCUCGAGAAUGACCGUCUCAGCACAGUUAUAUCCAGCACGAUCGGGGAUCCUGAGUUUCUAUGUGAGCCAAGUGUCGAAGAGGCUAGAAGCCCGGGGCUUGCAUUGGAACGAGCACUUCAAGAUCGUGUAUGGCAACGAGUGGAACGCUCUGGAUGCUCGUCGGCUGCUCAAUGCUGUGCAAAUAUUCGCAGGCUCAAGGCCGGACCGAGACGUGCCUGACAACCUGGUCGGUCUUUCCCAUGAGGGGACUUGUGCUUACUUCGUGGCGCUGGAAAAGUCGUCCAAGCCAGGCCCAGAGCAGCAGCAGGUCCAGCUGAUUCGAGUCGUGAGCGGAGCCAUGAACGUCCACGAGAAGGUGUUUGAUCGUGCGUGUCUUGGACCUGUGGAGGACGCCGACCCGGAUGAUCCAUGGGAGGAGAUUUCAUAUGAACACUUAGCGACAACAUUGUAUUGUAAAUGA